AUGCGACUUGCAUUAACAAUCGAAUAUGAAGGCACGCACUAUCACGGCUUCCAGUAUCAGGUGAACGCACCAUCGAUACAGGGCGAGCUUGAGCAGGCGAUUGAGCGGCUGACGGGUGAGCGUGUGCGAGUGAAGGGUGCGGGCCGCACCGACGCAGGCGUACAUGCCGAGGCGCAGGUCGUAGUGUUCGAUACAUCUUCCGACCACUCGACAGAGACAUUUGUCAAUGCGCUGAAUCACUAUCUGCCGCAGGACAUCGCCGUAAAGCAGGCGCACAUCGUUAAGCCGGAUUUCGACCCGCGGCGAAACGCGCUGAAGCGCACCUACCGUUACAGCAUACUGAACUGUGAGACGCCGUCACCUCUGACAAGGCGGUUCAGCUAUCACAUUCGGAAUACGCUGGACUUGAGUCGGAUGCAAGAAGCAGCCGGUCUGUUCAUCGGAGAGCACGACUUUCGAAGGUUCGCGGCGCCGCUUCCGGCGGGCAAGACGAACAGCGUGCGCGCUAUACAUAGCGCAUCCGUACAGCAGUCAGGAGAGGCCAUAGCCAUUUGGGUUACGGGCAACGCCUUCCUGCAACAUCAGACGAAAACGGCGGAACUUAAACCGGAGUGGCAUGUGGUUGACGCUGCCGACAAGACGCUCGGCAGGAUAUCGUCGCAGAUUGCCGUUCUGCUUCAGGGCAAGCACAAGCCCAUAUAUGUGCCGCACCUGAACACGGGAGACUAUGUAAUUGUCCUGAACGCCGACAAGAUUCGGGUUACCGGCAACAAGAUGGAACAGAAGAUGUACUACCGUCACAGCGGCUAUCACGGCGGCUUGACGGAGCGCACGCUGGCGGAAAUGCUGGACAAGACACCGACGCGCGUAAUCACGCAGGCAGUCAAAGGCAUGCUGCCCAAGAACGCACUGGGCAGGCACAUGCUCGCUCGCAUGAAGCAGCAGUAUUACUAUGCCACGGGCAGACGCAAGUCAGCCAUCGCGCAGGUCCGUCUGUACAUGGAGAGCGGGCCCGUCGUGGUCAAUGGCAGGCCGAUAGAAGAGGCGUUCCCUUGGGACAACUGGCGGCGCGAGAUUAUGGAGCCCUUCAGAAUCACCCACUCCGGCGGUCAAUUCCGCGUGGUGGCGAAGAUUACCGGCGGCGGGAUUACAGGACAGGCAGGCGCGCUGCGGCACGGGAUUUCGCGCGCGCUAAUCGAGGCAGACCCGUCGCUGCGCACGCCGCUUAAGCGCGCAGGCAUGCUCACACGCGACUCCCGCGUCAAAGAGCGUCGCAAGUACGGCCUGAAAAGGCACGCAAAGCGCAACAGUACACCAAGCGGUAGAGGCAGUCAGGCGUCAGCGUUCAGCCCUUCGACAGUCUCAGGACUAACGCAUUGCAUUUUCUGA